AUGAAUAUAUAUUUAAAAAAAUACGUGUUCUUUUUUGUAAUAAUUUAUUUAAUUAAAAAAAUUUAUUGUUUUGAUGAAGACGGAAAAUUAACGAAAUUAAAAAAAUUAAUAAAUAAAAAAAUAAAAUUACAUGUGAAUGAAACACACAAAAAUGCAGGAGAAAAUAUAAAACAUUUAUUUAUGUAUGUACAUGAAAUAACAUUAAAUGAUUAUGUUGAUUAUGUUUUAAAUAAAACAGAUGAUUAUGAUUGUGUAUUAUUUUUAAUCGAUGUGGAUAGUAAUAAUAUUACUUCAAAGUUUGAUAAAAAAAGUUUUAUUUUAUUAGAAUUAUUUAAUGAAGUUGCCAAAAAAAUAACUUUAGAUAAUAUUUUUUUAUAUAAUGAAAACUUUUCAAAUGAACAUGAUAAAGAAAAAUAUAAUGAUAACAACCAUUUAAUAAAACCAGUUUUCUUUUUUUUAUUAAAUUUCAAUAAAUAUAAUAACAGACCUUUAAAAUAUAUUCAUAUGAUUUACAAUUUACCAGAAUUUGUAUACAUAAAUAACAACACUUUUAAUAAUUUUAAUUAUUCUUCUAAGAUUAGAAAAAAUUUUAUGUUAGAAUAUUACAUAAAAGAUAUUAAACAAAUAGAUCAAAAGAAAAAAGAAUUAAAUAAUCAAAUUAUUCAAAAAUACUUCAUAGAAUUUAUUAAUUUACAUAAUAGAAAUAAAAUUAUACUACAUGAUAAGUUUUCUCACAAAAAGAGAUUAAUUAUAACAGGUUUAAUAAUCAUUAUAUUUACAUUUUUAUACUUUUUUGUUUUGUUAUUAGAAAAAUACAAUGUUAUAAUAUAUAUUUGCUCAUAUAUCCUUUACUUGAUUUGCCUAAGUGGAAUUUUUCAUUGCUUAAUUAAUAAUUCAGAUGCAUAUAACAAAGAUAAAAGUAUUGAAACCAUCUUUCAAAAAUAUAUAUACCGUUCAACAAAUACUCAAUAUAUAUAUGAAGGCUUUAUCUUUUCAUUUCUGAUUUUAGUAAUAAAUGUAUUAUUAUUUAUACUAUUAUAUUACUCAAAUAAAGAAAAUAUACCUAAAAUAAAAAAAAAUAUACUUUUUUUUCCUCUUAUAUUUAUUAUUUAUAUUUCUUUAAAAACAAUACAUACAAUUAAUAUUUAUAAAAUAUAUUUCUCAACAUACCACUUUUUUCCUCCUCUUAAAUUUUUUCGUAAAUAA